GUUAGCUACCAGUUUCACUUCCCUCUGUGCUCUGCAAUGCUCAGUGAUGUGCAGUGAGAAGCAGGAGUGGUGUAACACCGUGCUUGGCACUUCAGGAGGUUUCUCACUCCGCGCCCUUGCAUGAUACCCAUGCUGCUCUCUCCUGCAUGCCUGGCCUCCUGAAGAUGUCCAGGAGAGGACCUCUUCCUCUGGGGACGCUCAUGGUGCUGCUGCAGCUGGUGCUUGUCCCAUCACAGCUGGCAGGCUGCCUCCUCAACCCCUGUUUGGAGGUCGUCCCUAACACCACUUUCAGAUGCAUGGGACUGAAUGUCUCUGGAGAAACCACCCUGAACUUGGAUCUUAGUUUCAGCAACCUGAUAUCACUGGGGUCAAAUUAUUUUUCAUCAGUCCCUGAAUUGCAGCUUCUGGAUCUUACAAGGUGCCAACUCCAUACAAUAGAAGAUAACUCUUUUAAGGAUCUUCCUAAACUUUCCACGUUAAUUUUAACUGCCAAUUCCCUUCAGUACCUGGGGACAGCAGCCUUCUAUGGUUUAACAUCUCUGAAAAAACUAGUACUGGUGGAAACCAGCAUAACCUCUGUGACUGAACUACCCAUUGGACACUUGCAUACCCUGCAGGAGCUGAAUUUGGGCCACAACAGCAUUGCUUCGUUGAAGCUUCCCAAGUAUUUCACCAACCUGACCUCUCUCAGGCACCUGAGCUUUCUCUCCAAUAAAAUCACAUACAUCGCCAAAGGAGACCUUGAUGCCCUGAGGGAAGCAGACAGGCUCAACCUCACACUGGUGCUUUCCUUGAAUUAUAUAAAAUACAUAGAGCCAGGGUCCUUUGCAAAGAUACACCUUGGUGAGCUGGUUCUAAGGUCCUCUUUUGAGAACUUCAGUGUGAUGCAGUCUUCUCUUCAAGGCCUGACUGGUUUACAGGUCAGCAGACUAAUAGUUGGAGAAUUCAGUGACAAUCAGAGACUGGUAGACUUUCAGAGCGGACUCCUAAGUGGACUGUGUCAGGUAAAAAUGCAAGAGUUUGUCUUAAUCUGUUUCAGGGAAUUUGAGAAUAACACAGACACUCUUUUUAACUGCAUAGGCAACGUCUCCAGUAUUCGGUUGGUGGACCUCCAACUUGAAGAGGUGUCAGAGGUUCCUCUGUUCUCUCAAGUGAAACAGCUGGAAUGCAAGAAAUGCAAGUUUAAGGAAGUGCCUGCUGCAAAGCUGUCUCUUUUCAAGGAGCUGAGAGUGCUUCGUAUAACCAAGAGCAAACACCUCAAUAGCUUCCGGCAGAAAUUUGAGAGUCUAAGUAAACUGGAGGUGAUAGAUUUGAGUGAGAAUCGCCUCUCCUUCAGUGGCUGCUGUUCCCCUUGGUUUCACAAUUGUCCAAACUUGAAACUCCUGAACCUAAGCUUCAAUUCUGACAUCAGUUUGACAGGAGAUUUCACUAAUGUGAAGAAUUUGUUAUAUUUGGACCUUCAGCACACAAAGUUAUCUGGUCCUGGCUCCUACCCUGUCUUUCUAACCCUUCAUAAACUCAUUUACCUCGAUAUUUCCCAUACCAGCAUUCAUGUUAAAUCCCAGUGCACAUUUUGUGGCUUGAACUCUUUGCAAGUGCUCAAGAUGGCAGGCAACUCCUUUGAGAACAAUAAAUUGGCCAACAACUUAAAAAACCUAAGUCACCUCCACACCUUGGAUAUUUCAAGUUGCAGAUUAGUACAUGUGGAUCAAAGUACAUUCGAUGCCCUCUCUGAACUAAAGGAGCUAAACAUCAGCAACAAUAAGCUACUGACCUUUGAUCCUGUAGUCUACAAGCCUCUCCAAGCCCUCACAGCCCUGGAUUUCAGCAACAACCAGCUGAGUGUUCUGUUGGACUCAGCCCUGGAAAUUCUGCCUGACAGUCUGGUCCUGUUAGACAUCUCUCAAAACCUGUUUGAAUGCUCCUGUGGCUACCUGAACUUUCUGAAAUGGGUCAAGGAAAAGCAGGAGCUACUGCAGAACAAGGAGCUGAUGAUAUGCCACACGCCUGCAUACAUGAAGAACGUGAGUCUGACAAGUUUUGAUCUGUCCUCCUGCCAAGUCAGUGCAAGCACAGUGGCAUGCUCAGUGAUCAUGUUGCUUGCUGCAGUGGUGUUCUUCUUCCUGAUUUACAGGUACUACUUCCAGCUAUACUACUUCUUGGUGCUGCUCAGUGGGUGUAAACACUCUGCUGAAAGGGGUGACACCUAUGAUGCAUUUGUUAUCCACUCCAGCAAAGACCAAGAAUGGGUGAUCAAAGAGCUGGUGGAACCCUUAGAAGGAGGAACGCCUCCCUUCCAGCUUUGUCUUUACUACAGGGAUUUCCUUCCAGGGGUACCCAUUGUCACCAAUAUCAUCCAAGAAGGUUUUCUGAGUAGCAGAAAUGUCAUUGCAGUUAUCUCUACUGACUUUCUGGAGAGCAAGUGGUGUAGCUUUGAGUUUGACAUUGCCCAAUCCUGGCAGCUUGUUGAAGGAAAGGCUGGAAUCAUCAUGAUUGUACUAGAAGAAGUGAAUAAGGCCUUGCUGAGGCAGAGGCUGGGACUGUCCCGCUAUGUGAGGAGGAACACCUAUCUGGAGUGGAAAAACAAGGAAAUAAGCAGGCACAUCUUCUGGAGGCAGCUGACAGGAGUCCUGCUAGAAGGCAAAAGAUGGAAUCACGAGGAGGUAAAGCUCAUGUGAAAGAAAGAGAGACCACCUGUCCUGUCUCUCAUGCUGGCCUUGGCUGAUGGCUGGUGCUCAGAAGUUGGUUCUUCUGUGGCUGUUCAGUGUUGGAGGAAGUGGAUGGAGGCACUGUAAAAGCACUACAGAAAUACCUGCCUUGCUGGUCACCCUUUCUCAAGGAAACCUGCAAGCUAAGGAGUGACAACAGCUAGAAGAGCUGCACAUGCCUGAGCUCCAUGUUUGUAGCUGUCAAUCAAAGCUGGUCCAGCAAUCCACGCAGGUCUGGUGGGUUGGUGAAUGGAUGGACUGCUCUUACCAUCAUUUGUCUGCCUCUGAAACUGGAUUUUGGUCCUGGGGCCAUUUACCCAGUUGAACUUUAGGGUCUGUUGCUUUGACUGGACCCCAGGAUCUCCAGGGGAGAGCAAAGGUACAGGAUUCUUGGCUGUAAAAAUCGUGGGAAACAAAAUCAAGAUUGGGAUUCUGGAAGUCUUGGGUCCACCUCCUUAGGCACCGUGACUCAGGGGAAAAACCCUUCAGAGGGAAAUGGGGUGCCCUACGCUGUGGACCAUCUGGCAGCUACUCGGUGAAGCGGAGCAGCUACGUCAUCAGUGGGGGGGAGGUUGCCGUUGGCGGGAAAUUUCCCCGACAUGUUUAUUUCAGGUUUUUUUAGACCAAGCACUGAAACUCCCAAAUAUUUCCGUCACCUGGAACUCUUAUUUGUAUUCAGAUUAGAUAGCAUUUGAGAGAGUGGUUUGAGGUUUUCCUGUGGUAUCCAAAGAUUGGUGGGACCAAAAGAAGCUGCAGAAAUGCUUGAUUAAAAUCAAAGUAUUUCUUUGCUCCAACUGCUUCUGGAUAUACUGUGUGGGGCUGCCCUAUAUGAGCAAGCCUGAGCCUGAGCAAAGUGUUUUGAUGUUUACAGCCAGACAGUUCUAGAAUAAGCUUUUCCACUCUCUGGACCAGCCUUAAUUCACUGUUGGAAGGCACUGUAGGAGCCGUCAGCCCAUGGCUUGAAAUGGGCUUUAGAUAUGUGGGCACCAAACAACGAGGCUGAGAGUCCCCCUUCCUUCCCCCCGUCAUGCUGUGGCAGCCUCUGUUCCUGGUGGGCAUCUCGGCAUGUGCGGUCCAGCCUUUCCAAGGGUUUGGCUGUGACACUGAACAGGGCAGUCGCUGGACGGGAGAGUUUUGCCUUUGUUUCACUGAGAAUGUGCCUGACAUUUUGCAAGGAGAAGAGAUAGAGGAGAAAAGUCUGGGUUAGCUAAACUAAAUGUAUCCCAGCACUGCCCUGAGUAAAGGGAAGUAAAGUCUAAAUGCCACUGAAUCAUAUUACAGAGCACUCCAUUGAUGUGACGAAUAUUGAACACUGCUGGAGUAUUGCUCUCUAUUUACAGAAGGCUUUGCUUGGGAUUAAUCACUGAAUUAGUCUAGUUUUAAACUUGCAAAUCCUUCUAUAAUCAAUGACGUUCGACGGAGAUAAAACAGAAGCAAUUGAGUGGUGAAUCAGAUCUGAUAUUUAUUCAGAAGAAAGGGCCUGAUCCUUCUCACUUUUCUAAGCACCAGUCAGUGACAUCUCCGUGGAAGCCAGCGAUAAGCGAGCUCAGCAUCAGACACUAUUUGCCAAAGAGGGAGAGCUUGUUCCAGGGCUUGUGCUGGCAAAAGCUGAAUCACGGUUCCUUCUCUCUGUGCUGUGGCAGUGGUAUAUUGGGAUAACACUACCAAAAAACCCUACAGCCCUCUCCCUAAGGUUUUUUGUGACCCAUGAGAUGAAGCUUUAAUAAAAGUAAGCUCGAUGCUGUGCUCACUUGCCCAACAAGUUCGUUUUGCAUCUGCUAAGCACCAUUGCAGCCAUUUCCAAAGCGUGGUUGGUCCUCAGCUCUGCCCUGAUGGAUGGGCCCAAAGCGCUGCCCCUUGCCAGCAGACCCGUCUGCACACCCCGGGGCAGAGGCUGCUGGGGCUGGGGGGGUGCAGGAAACCAGGCACAGCCCGAGGUUCCCUGGAUUGAGGCUAAAAAAGAACACAUAGAACAAAACAAAUAUUAGCCCAGAUUUCAGCAGCCAUGAGUUAAAUUGGAAAACAAAAGAGGAAAAAUUAAAUGGGGUGGGAGUUCCUGCUCCUGAAUUGAGCAGCACUGAAGCGGCAUUUCUCCCUCGCUCUUUCUCUCUCUCUCUCUGUAGUUCUGGCACAAAGCAGAGCGUCCUAUGAUUCUUGAUUGUAAUUAUAAUAAUGAGUUUCAGAAAGCCUGCAAGUGGUUCUGGGCAUUAUAAUAAGGGUUUAGUCCAGCAUUGUUUAAAAAGCAAGUGUUUGUUGAAUAUCAAAGCAACUUUAGGAGGAGAGCUGGGGUGAUGCUGAGAGGAGGCUCCCACCCAUACAAUUUAAGAAGAAACCAGUCACUUGUUCUUCUCUUCCUAUUCAGAGUCUCCACUGCAGAGAUGGAUAUGUGAGUUGCCCCGGGCUUUCUUACUGCCCAAGAGAAAGCACAAAACCCAUCGUAGCUUCUGGAAUGGGUGAGGGGAGCAAGGCGGUGCAGUGAGACGGAGACCGGAGGCUGGGGAGUUUCGAAGAGGUUCAUCCUCUGCAAGCCCCACUAUCGCUCCCGCUUCCCUCCAUGCAUUAGAGAUGUCACUUGGCCUCAGCAUCAGUUGGUGCUUUGAAGACACACGCUGAUUUCUUUUAUUGUUGAAACCUUCAGCAACAAAACCGGGAUUUUAUUUUUUUUUUUGCUGCGUGGCACAAUGAGGCUCAGGAGGACAGGCUGGCUGGUGACACAAACACCCCUUUAUGGGACCUGGGUGUCAGAUGCAGCCAUGUGCUGUAAAUGUCCAUCCAUGCAGCCACAGGCUCUGCUGGGUGAGCAGCUCCCAGCCCUCCCCGAGGGUCAUUAACCUGCCCUGGCUGUGCCCAUCUUCCAUACUUUGUGGUUUAUGAGUCUAGGAGGGAAAAGCCUGUGUGAAAAAAUUAUAUUUUCACCAUUAACCCAGUAGAGAAAAAGUAGAUUUGUUUUUGGAAGACUCAGAACAACUUUCCCCAAUACUUUAAAUGGGCAAAAUAUUGUGGUUCGAACAGAAACACACACAACUAUUUGCCUGCAUUAUAGGAAGCGAAUUUCCAAAGGAGAACGCUGAAUGUUCUCAUGUCUCCAAGCACGUUGGCAUGCGUUAUUGUUUGAAAGCGUUCGCUGUGCAGCAGGUAGCUUUGAUAUUAUUUAUUCGUUUGGGUGAAUAAAUGAGCAGCCAACCAAACAUCCGUGCAAGUCUGCAUUCAUCUCUCAUGUAAAUAGCUGAACAUGUUCCGGAUAUUAAAGCAUCUGGUUUACCCAGGUCAUAGAAGCAGAUGGAGAUGAAGCUCCAAAGGGCUGUUGCAUCCAAGCUAUUUCUUUUCAUUUGUAGUGGGGAUGUGCCCUGAUUUCACUAUGUGCUUAAUUUGACCCAUGCAAAAUGCCAGUACAGAUGAAGCUCUGGUCUUACGUGCACUGCAGAGAGUGAUGUCUCAGAGGCAGCCCAUUGUGAUGUGCUGGCAUCGUUGCCAAGAUGUGGUUUGCAGGGAGGGCUCUGAACGGAGCAAGCCCUCAUUAGCAUGAUUGCGUUCGUGGUCUCCACACUGUAGCAGAGACAUUAUGGAAAAGCUGAAAACCAGAGCCAUUUGCAUUGCUGCCCGCCUAGGUCAGGCUGGCUGCAGGAACAGCACUGCCUGAAUGCUCCCUUGGCCUCCCCGAGUAUUAGCACAGACUUCCAGUGCCAGUUAAAAAAUCAACCAAACAAGAAAAAUCAGCUGGUUUCUCUGGACCGAUCCAUACUUGACAAGAACACAUUGAAACUUUUCUGGAAGAGUGUUUGUCCAUGGGGAAAUGCUAUUUUGUAGGUGGUUUGUGUAAUUUAAUGAGGUAGCAUAGUCUGUCUAUGGAACAGAAAUUGUCAUAGCAGGGUUUCUGGUUUGGUAUUGGAUGGGGUUGUAAUCUUGGAAUAGACACUUUGCAUGGAAACAGUGAUUUUUGCAAUGUUUUGGAGGGGUUCAAAAAAGGGAUUUCAAAUAAAAGUUAAAUUGCUCCACAACAUCAUUUUGAAACAAAGUCGGUU